UGAUUAGCAGCUGCUUGCUUCGGCUGCUUCGUCAUCUACAACAAUUGAACAUAUUUCCAAUCCACAGACUUUCUACAGGCUUUCUUACUUCUUUAACAUCAUCAUCAUCGAGCAGCACUAUUAGGUCCUUAGGACCUCUCUAGUCUGUUCCUCUAGCACUUCCUUUAGCAACACCAUUUUCAGUCUAGAGAUAAUCGGAUCAAUAUGUAUUCCAAUUCUAAUUCGUUCAUGGGCGGCAACAGCCUGCGACCCGGCCAGCAGUAUGGCAACUCGUACGGUGUUCCAGGCCAACAACCCCAACAGCAACAGCCGGGGCAGCAGCAGCCGAGUCCAUUCGCACCGCAGCCGACGGGAUAUGGGCAGGCCCCCUUAACCCAGCAGUAUACAGGUUUCCCUGGUGCGCAAGGCAUACAACCCCAACAGACGGGAAUGCCUCAGGGAAUGCCGCAACAACCCCCUAUGCCAAAUCUCCAGCCUCAGUUCACCGGGUUUCCCGGUCAAGCUCCUCAGCAGCAAAACUUCCAGACGGGCGCUCCGCCAGUACCGCAGAUACCCUCCCAAUUUCAGGCCCAAUUCAACCAGCAACAGCCCCAAAGCUCAUUCGCGCCAGCAGCCGCUUCGCAAGCCCCGUCCCAGUUAUCUGCCCCGGCACCAGCAAUCAAUCCUCAACCGACAGGCUUCAGCGCGAUGGCUGCUUCGUUCAAGACCGGUGGCGCGUCCGAGUCGCUGGCGGCGGGUCGAGGGGCUCAUAAGCCUACAAACAAGAUACCGAACAUUAGGUUAUCCUUUAUCACAGCCCAAGAUCAGGCCAAGUUUGAGACGCUGUUUAAAUCGGCUGUGGGUGACGGGUCGACGAUGUCUGGAGAGAAGGCCCGGGACCUAUUACUGCGAUCGAGACUUGAUGGAGAUUCUCUGUCACAUAUAUGGACUCUUUCGGAUACCACUCGAUCUGGCGAACUACACUUCCCCGAAUUUGCGCUAGCUAUGUACCUCUGCAAUUUGAAGCUUGUGGGUAAAACGCUCCCUGGAAGUCUACCGGAUAAUAUCAAGAAUGAAGUAUCGAGUAUGGUCGAUAUAAUCAACUUUAGUAUCGCGGAAGAAGCUGCUAGCUCUGGUGCGGCAAAUACCGCAGAUUUCACCAGGCAGAAUACUGCCACGCCACCGACGAUUCAGCAUCCUCAGCCCAUGUCAUCUAACUCCCAGUUACUCCAGACGCAGAUGACGGGAUUCCCUGGUCAAGGAAUCCAGCCACAGCAGACUGGGUUUCCAGGAGGCCUGAAUAACCCGCAACCGACCGGGUACAACGGACCUAUGCCACCUAUGCCACCUAUGCCUACGGGCUUUCCUGGAGGGUUGUCUCCCGCCAGCGCACUUCCUCUCAAUGCGCAGCCGACUGGAAUGCCCGGCCAAUGGGGCCUAGUCAACGCCCCAGCAACCGGACUUCCUAAUAUCGACGCGCUACAGGCCCGAAUGAUGCCGCAGGCAGGUCGCGAGCAGCAGAAUUAUACUACUGCCGGCUUAUCCGGUAACGCAGUGAUUCCGUGGGCCAUUACUAAGGACGAGAAGACCCGCUACGACCAAUUAUUCCGGGCGUGGGAUGGUCUAGGUAAAGGUUUUAUCGGGGGGGAUCAGGCGAUAGAAAUCUUCGGCCAAAGCGGUCUCGAGAAGCCGGAUCUUGAGCGAAUAUGGACCCUCGCCGACAACGGAAACAAGGGCAAACUCAACCUUGACGAGUUUGCCGUAGCUAUGCACUUAAUCUACAGAAAACUAAACGGUUAUCCCGUUCCUAAUGUGCUACCACCCGAGCUCGUACCGCCGUCUACCCGCAACUUUACCGAAUCACUUGGUACUAUCAAGUCCAUGCUAAGCCAAGAGUCUGAUUUCCGCAAGAACUCAGGCGCCGCUUUACUUCCCCAGAAGACGGGAGUUAGCUACUUGAAGAGCCAUUCCUUUAAAGGAAAUGCUGGGUUGAAUGCUGGACGGAAAGAUGCGACCGUGUUCAAAAAUAACGACGAUCAAGUUGGGUACCGGUCGAGCGCGCGACGCAGGAUCGGAAAUUCCUCCCCCCGGCCAGAGUCACCUUCGUCUGUUACGUCUAACGACGAACUUUCUAUUGACCAGUUAAAGAAGAAGAUUCGAGAAAAGCAAGUCCUCCUAGAUGCCAUGGAUUUCAAGGACGAAGCAGCCGCCGAGGAGGAUGAUAUUCUUGAUAGACGUGAUCGGCGCGAGGCCGAGGAGCUAUACCGUCGUAUUAGGCGAAUCCAAGACGAUAUUGACGCCCAUCCUGAUGCUGCCCUUGCAAGUGGCGAUUCUGAAGCCGAAAGGAGGUCUCUGAAGCGCCAGCUACAGAACCUUACCGAUAAGAUCCCUGAGCUAGCCUCCCAGGUUAGAAAGACCGAAAAGGCUAUUGCUGAAGCUAGGCUUGAACUCUUCCGACUCAGAGACGCGAAAGCGCAUCCCGGAAGCGCCUCUAACAUCAUCGGCACUGGACCGGGCGGCUCGAUCACCGAGUCGGACCGUCUCAAGGCUAGAGCUAAGGCCAUGAUGCAGCAGAGGACGGCUGCGCUGACUGGCAAGAAGUUAGACAUCGGUGAUGAUGAAGGGGAUGCGGCGAAGAGGCUAGAAGAAGAGAGCCUCAAAGUUCGAAACGAAAAGGAUAUCAACGAGGGUAUGGUCCGAGACGUAGAGGAGAGUGUCCGUGAAUUUUCGCGAGGUAUCGAAGAGAACCUCAAAGAAGGCGGCGAGAGUGCUGCUAAUGAGCACGAAAAAAGGAGAUGGGAAGAUGCCCUCGGCGUGGAGGAUGAGGUGCGAGACUUCAUAUUCGACUUGCAACGUUCGAGCCGGGCCGCUCGAGUCAGGGCCCAGGAUCGUAAGGGUGGACGAGCACCCACGGCCGAGCCCGUUAAAGCAGAAGCACCGCCAGCUCGUUUGGGCAGUCCUUCGUCAACAACCCGCACUGCCACGCCACCAACCAGCCGGUCACCAGCGCCCGCCGGCGGGUCGUACUCAUCGUAUAAAACCCCAGAGGAGAGGGCCGCGUUUAUUAAACAGCAAGCAGAACAGCGUAUGGCCGAGCGCCUUGCAGCUCUUGGAAUCAAGACGGCUUCUAAGCCCGGGGAGACUGCCGCUCAGAAAUUGGAACGUGAGAAGGCAGAACGUGCGGCCAAACGCCGACAAGCGGAAGAAGAGGACGCCCGACGCGAGCAAGAGCGGCAAGCUAGAAUUGCCGAGGAGCAAGGCGUGGCUCCUCCUACUCCUGCACUCAAGACGGAAACCAAGAAACCACCUCCGCCUCCUUCGAGGAAAGGUGGGAAGCAUGAAGAUGCAUCUGCUACAAAGAGAGCUGAAGAGGAAGAGGGCGCUAGGAAAGCCGAGGAGCAACGUCUCGCCAAAGAGCACGAAGAGCAACAGCGAGCUACCCAGCAAAUGGAGGAUGAGGCCAGACAACAGGAGCAAGAACUCGCCAACGAACGCGAUGCCGCCUCUGCUCGCCUCAAGGCUUUAGAGGAACAAGUCCGCCAAGGCAAGCUAAAGAAAGAGGAAGAAAAGAAAAAGAAGAAAGCCGCUAUGGCUGAUGCGAAAGAAAAGGAAGCGAAACUGGCAGCCCAGCGUGCCGAAAUCGAAGCUGCACGCCAAAGAGAACUUGAACUUCAAAGGCAACUCGCAGCGAUGGAGGACGACUCUUCUUCCUCGGACGACGACGAGGGUCCGCAGCAGAUCACCCCUCAAGCAUCUACUCCUACUCUUGGUAGCAGUCAGCUCGGUAGCCAGGAACUGGAGCGUAAAGCUACGCCGCCACCUCCCGCCACCGCGCCGCCCGUCAUGUCUCCUCCUUCGGUCGUCGCUAGCCCGCCCUCCGAAUCGGAGAGCCGCAACCCUUACCGCCGAAUGUUAUCUCAGUCCUCGGAGUCCUCCGCGGCUCCCCCUGCGGCUGCACCAGCUGCUCCUGCCCCAGUUCCCCCGCCGCCGCCACCACCCCAGCCGGAAGUGUCCACCAAUCCCUUUUUCCGAAUAACCCAGGAGGCCAAAACGGCACCGCCUCCUUCUCGAAAGCGACCAGACACAGACGAUGAAUGGGGCUCUGGGAACGAAGAGGAUGAUGAAGAUUCAGACGACGAGCGUCCAGCCGCCGGUGCUGCUCAGCUAGCUUCUCUUCUCUUCGGCUCCAUGGGUCCUCCUCGACCACUAUCGGCCACGGGUGACAAGUCUGCCGGAGCUUCGCCAGUUGUAACUUCAACACCUUUCAGCCCUCCCCCUAUCGGAGAGACUGCGGGGUCGCCCGCCGCACCUCCGCCGCCGCCGCCCAUGCCAGAGGCAGGUGUAGGAGCUCCCCCACCACCUCCUCCCCCGAUGCCUAAUUUCGGGGCUCCCGGGGCGCCACCGCCACCCGCACCGCCGAUUCCAGGAAUGGGUGCUCCCCCUCCACCACCGCCUCCAGCUCCAGGUGCUUUGCCGGCUGCUCCUUCGGGCGGCGGCAGGCCUGCUGCCUUUUUGAACGAGGUUCGCCUAGGCAAAGCGUUGAAGAAGACGCAGACGAAGGACAGGAGCAGUUCAAGCCUAGCCGGUAGAGUCUUGGAUUAGAGCGACAGUAAAUUUAAUCACUAUCGAAAGGGUUAGCUGUACGAGGUAGCCCAAGAUCCACAUACGCUCUAGGAAUGAAAGACUUGGAUGGGUCAGAUUGUAUGAGUGAGUGUUGCGACUACGUAGGGGUGGUGUUUUCCGAUGGGCUUUGGCUUAUGGCAAAUAGAUUUGCUAGCGGAUAAACACGAGACUUCAUUUUCUUCAUUCGAUGAGUAAUAAUAUAUACCUGUGUAUUUAUCUAAUUACAUCGUAGAGGGGAGUAUUACUUCUCUAAUUUAAAGAUAUAUCCUAUUUAACCGUCUUAUCUA